AUGGAUUUUUAUCUACCACUUCUUAAUAUAACAAAUGAUAGUAACAUACCUUCACAACAAGAUAUGAUUAAAAGAUUUUCUAAUUAUUUUCAAUAUUUUAAAUUUUGGCUAAGUAAUCAAUCCAUAAAUGUUACAUCAAAACCACUUGUUUUGACUGAAGUUGGAUAUCCAAGUUCAUUAGCUGGACUUGCUCUACCAUCAGGAAAUCCAGCUGUUCAAUGUGUUGGUAAUUAUAGUGCUAAUUUUACAUUACAAGACAUGGCUUUUAAAGCACUUUUUCAAGCUCUUGAUGAGAAUAAAGGAAUAUGUAAUGGUACUAUCAUAUUUUGGUGGGAUAAUCCAUCUUCUAUGGAUUAUUAUAAAGAAAAAGAUUCAAAUUAUUGGAGAUGUUCAUGGACAGUUCGUGGUAAACCAGCUGAAUGUACAAUAGCAGAAGCAUUUGAUGGAACAUGUUCCACAAAUCGAAAUGUGAGACAAUAA